GCUGGCAACACUUGACUGAAACAUUUGAUUUUUUGACAACUUAGUUGUGGGUAACUUUGACGAAUUCUGAUUUUUCGAUAGUGAAAAUUUUUAUAUUUAGGAAAAAAAUAAAUCGUUAUGUCUGAUAGAGCACCGCCACCGCCGCCAAUGAUGCGUCCGCCACAUUAUCCAAAUCAUCAACAAAUAGCACCGCCGCAACCGUGGAAUAAUCAACCUCCGGUUACAGUAGAUAUUAAUAAUAAACCAGCAGUUAGUGUAGCAACACAGCCGAAAGAAGUCAAUUCCAAUGGUAGCUCUCUUAGCUCCCUCGAUAACGGCAACGAUGAAAAUUGUAAUAACCCUGAGGACGGCAAGGAUGGCAAGAAGAAUGCAGAACUAGUUUUGCCAAAGGCUUUAGAGGAUGUGCUGGCUUUAAAAGAUCAACGCGCCGCUGAAUACGAUAUAAGUACUGAAGAUUUCUCGAAUGCUAAUAAUGCGGGAAGCGGAGUUAUAGGCAACGAUUACGGUGAUGCAGGCGAUGAUACAGACGAUGAAGAUGAAAACCAAGUAAACGGUGGCGGGCUGGGUAAAGCACCACGACAGAGCAAAGCAGAAAAAAAUAAAAAGAAAAAGCGGCGUAAGAAGCUAAAUAAAAAACUAAAAAAACAACAAGAACAAAUAAGUUACGCGGAACAACCGCCAGCCAAUUUGAAAGAUUUCCAAGCUAACGAGAAUGUAAGCAAUGAGGGACCUCCGGAAAGAGUUAAUGAAAAAGAGAAAAACAAGAAGUUGGACAGCAGACAAGAAAAAUUAAAAGAAAAAUUAAAAAAAAAAGAUUCUAAUAAAGAAGGUGCGGACGAUAACGUGAUUAUUGAAUAUGUACCCGAAAAGAUAACUAUAGCCGAUUUAGCGCCUAUGUACCGUCAAUUUUAUCGGGUGUUUGAAAUAUUCAAAUUGGAAAACAAACCUAAAGCCUCAGAAAAGGAUAAAGCUUCCAUUGAAGAGUCUGAGAAAUCGCAAAAGAAAUCGGCUGACAAAUCUUUGAUGGAUGAUGACGAAGAGUUAGAGGAAGAAAAUAAAGAGGAAAAGGAAAAGUUAUCGAAACGUAAGCUAAAGAAGUUGACCCGUCUUAGCGUAGCCGAAUUGAAGCAAUUAGUUUCGCGGCCAGAUGUGGUGGAAAUGCACGAUGUCACAGCACGCGAUCCUAAACUGUUGGUGCAGUUAAAAGCUUAUCGUAACACGGUACAAGUGCCACGGCAUUGGUGCUUUAAAAGAAAAUAUUUGCAAGGGAAACGUGGUAUCGAAAAACCUCCAUUCGAUUUGCCGGCAUUCAUUAAGAAAACCGGAAUCAUGGAAAUGCGUGAGUCCCUGCAGGAAAAAGACGAGGCUAAGUCUCUGAAAUCGAAAAUGCGAGAGCGCGUGCGGCCCAAGAUGGGUAAAAUCGAUAUUGAUUAUCAGAAAUUACAUGAUGCUUUCUUCAAGUGGCAAACGAAACCUCGCAUGACCAUACACGGCGACCUAUAUUACGAGGGUAAGGAAUUUGAAACAAGACUUAAAGAAAAAAAACCGGGCGAUCUCUCAGAAGAAUUACGCAUCGCUUUGGGAAUGCCGGUAGGUCCAAACUCUCAUAAGAUACCACCCCCGUGGUUGAUAGCUCAACAACGUUAUGGUCCACCACCCUCUUAUCCCAAUCUUAAAAUACCAGGCCUCAAUGCACCAAUACCAGAAGGAUGCUCUUUUGGCUAUCAUGCAGGCGGUUGGGGUAAACCACCGGUCGAUGAAAAUGGCAAACCAUUGUACGGUGACGUCUUCGGCACCAAUAUUAUCGAUAUAGACAACGGCAUCGACGAAGGCGAUAUUGAACGCAAUCAAUGGGGCGAAUUGGAAUCAGAAUCAGAAGAAUCUUCGGAAGAGGAGGAGGAAGACGGUGAAGAUAUGACCAAUCAGCCAGAUGAAAGCGGAUUAGUAACCCCGGCAGAAGGCUUGGUAACGCCAUCUGGACUUACCAGUGUUCCAGCCGGUAUGGAAACGCCCGAAAACAUUGAAUUACGUAAAAAGAAAAUUGAGCAAGAAAUGGAAGAUAAUGAGACUCCUGUAUUAUAUCAUGUGCUGCCAGAAAAGCGCACUGAUCGGGUGGGUGCUUCAAUGAUGGGAUCAACACAUGUUUAUGACGUCGCUGGUGUCAAGCAAACGGCGGCGCGUACUGCCAUUACUACGGAGCGUGAAGGUACCGUUGAAUUAGCCUUGGAUCCUUCGGAAUUGGACAUGGAUAAUGACGCAAUGGCUCAGCGGUAUGAACAGCAGAUGCGCGAACAACAGAACCAUUUACAAAAGGAAGAUUUAUCCGACAUGUUGGCAGAGCAUGUUGCUCGACAAAAGUCUAAACGGAAACGUCAAACCGAUCCAACCAAGACUACAAAGAAAUAUAAGGAAUUCAAAUUUUAAUUGUGUAGCAACGAUGUCACAGCCUUUUUUUUCAUACGCAAUCAUUUCAGUUCAGUUAGUUGGGCAUUAAUACAAAAGUUAAAUAAAGUUCGCAAAAUAUUUCCACUAAGCAAAUGGAAUGAAUGA